AUGGCAGGGGAUGAGGCCAGGUCCAGUCGUCACGACGAUCGCGGUCGAAAACACGGACGUUCGCAUCGAGAACAUCAAGAGUCCAGCCGAAGCAGUCGUAGUCAUCGAGAUAGGGGCAAAGACAGAGAUCAAGGCGAUUUCCACCGACGGUCAAGGUCACCUUCACCGCGUCCCCGCCGAUCCGAUCGAUCUCCUUCAGAGGGGCCUCAUCCCAUCCUGGCUCGAUUAGGCGUCGACAAGCUGACGCCUGACGACUACUUCAUCCGCUCAGCUGAGUUCAAAGCGUGGCUAUCCGAGUCGAAGCACAAAUACUUGGACGAGAUCUCGAGCAAAGAGGCAAGACGAUACUUUGACCACUUUGUCCAUCGAUGGAAUGAAGGCAAGCUGCCAGAUCUAUACUAUAGGGGAGAAUUUCGCAGUUUCGCUGCUGCAGCUGGAGCCUCGAGCCAAACAAGGCACAAAUGGUCAUUCAUAAACAAGUCCACCUACUCCUCGAAGGAGCAGGAGCAACUGGCAAUGAUCAGAGACAACGUGGACACCCUGACGAAUGGAUCUAGCAAAGGAGCAAUCGAAGCGAGGGAUGCAGAAAGGAAAACACGUCAUGCACAAAGCAAUGAAGCGCCUGAUGCCGAGGAAGAACCAAGACGAGACUCGGGCUGGAACUCUCGAUCUGCCGCCUCAUCAUCCAAAAGCUACGCCGACUCACAACUCGACCGAGAGCACAGGGAAGACCUUUCUCGUAUCGCACAAAGCGAAAGCCACCGUAGGGCACGCCAAGAUGAACGAGACGAAGAGGAGGCGUUUCACGGACGAGCUACAGGGCGCGACCGGGUGCUGGAGAAGAAACGGCAAAGUAACGCUGUUAAUCGCGAGUUUGCAUCCCGUCGACAAGCUGAUGACGGUAUCGAGAUGGAUGACCGAGAUCUGUAUGAGCAAGAGACUCCUUCGCUAUCGAGUGCAUCACGAGCAGGAGGCCAAAGAGGUGAGAGAGCUACAAGCAAGAAAGAGCAAGCGCGACAGGAGAGGAUGGAGCAACGUAAAGCUGAGAUGCAGGAAAAGGUAUCUGCGCUAAAAGAAAAGGAUGCAAAGACGAUGGAGAUGUUGAAAGCUAUGGCGCAGGAAAGAUUUGGUAGUGCAAGGAGACUUUGA